GAGCCCAUCAACCACCCCACAAUAAAUCCUUUCCCCGUUUCCUUCAGACGUAAAUUCUGGAAGGAAAAAUAAUCAAAAAAAAAAAAAAAACAUGGAAUAAACUACAUUUCCGUCAAAGACGCGCGCAUAUUGUCAGUGAAAAUUAAUAACCUGUGUGUGAUCGAAGUACUCUCGCUGAAAUUCAAACAUUUCACUCAAAAUUUCAUGGUCUGUUGCGUAUUUUGGGAAUAAGAAAAAAAAUAGCUGAAAUUUUUGUUCCACCGUGGCACUGUGGAGGAUUCGAUUCAUGCUUAGUAUCUUAUUCUUUUGGUUCUAUCUAAAAUUGGAAAUGAUACCAGAUAAACAAUUUCAGCAUUCUUAUGAAACUUAUAUGUAAUUCAGUAUUGAAUAGUUCAAAGCACUGAAACGGAAAAAAACACUGACCAGAAAAUGAGGAAUAUAGUACCAGAUUUGAUAAUCUGUUUCAUCGUUAUUGUGACCAUAACGGUUGUCCGUUUGGUAUCGAACAUCCUGCACGAAAGCUUAGGAAAUGGUCCGGUGGUUCCCGAAGUGGGAGAUAAAGGAGCUGCCGUUGGGCCUCCAGAAGAAUUGACUCUCUCCCAGCUGAUUGACAGUAAAUCGAAGGAAUAUGCUUGGUUGAUCCGACUAUCGGUUAACGCCUUUGGAUAUCUUUGUAUUUUGGUACCGGGAGUCCUUAUCUACAAUUACACCAAGAAAAUAAAAUAUCUGGAACGAUCGGACAAUGCAUGGUUCACCAACUUGGUAAGAAUUUGUUACGGUUCAUCGGAUAGCGAACGUGGAUCAGAUGGACGUUCACAGGACAAAGGCUCAAAUGCGAAACGAACCUCGAUUCAGGAAUUUGUUUUACUAUUUUACUGUUUGUUUGGACUAAUGGGAUCCUACCUGACAUGGGGAGUGCUACAGGAGAAAAUAAUGACUCAAGAAUACGAGAAUGCAGACAAGAAAAAAGCGCAUUUUAAAGAUUCACAAUUUUUGGUAUUUGCGAAUCGAGUAUUAGGAUUUUUGCUGACGGCUGUUUAUCUUACUGCGAAAAGUCAACUGCGACAACGAGCUCCUCUAUACAAAUACUCAUACGCAUCGUUUUCAAACAUAAUGAGCGCUUGGUUUCAGUACGAGGCCCUCAAGUUUGUAAAUUUCCCAACGCAAGUUUUGGCCAAAUCUUGCAAAAUCAUUCCAGUUAUGAUUAUGGGAAAAAUAAUCUCCCGAAACAAAUACGAAUUCUACGAAUACCUAACAGCGAUCAUGAUUUCAGUCGGAAUGAUCUUUUUCCUCACUGGUUCGACCGAUGAAUCGAAGACAACGGCUAUCACAACGCUCACUGGGGUAUUGUUGCUCACGUUUUACAUGAUUUUUGAUAGCUUUACUUCAAACUGGCAAGGAGAGCUGUUCAAAACGUACUCAAUGUCUUCGAUACAAAUGAUGUGUGGUGUGAAUCUUUUCAGCACUCUGUUCACCGCAGCAUCGUUAUCCAUGCAAGGUGGUUUCUACAGUUCGCUGCAGUUUGCUGCCGAUCACCCAAAAUUCGUUGCUGAUUGUGUAGUGCUUUCCAUAUCGUCGGCUAUUGGUCAACUGUUCAUAUUUUACACGAUAGCCACCUUUGGUGCUGUUGUCUUUACCAUCAUUAUGACGCUGCGGCAGGCCAUUGCUAUUCUGUUAUCCUGUCUCAUUUACAAACAUAGCAUUUCGUCGUUGGGCGUCGUUGGGAUAUUUAUUGUAUUUUUGGCAAUAUUUUUGCGAGUCUACUGCACCCAAAGACUUAAAGCGAUCAAACGGAAGCACCUAUCAGAAGCAAGUGGAAAGCCACGACUGAAUGUUUAGAUUCGCCAAACAGCUUAUGCGACGAAUUCGUUUGCACAACCAAAACUGGAGGAAUGCUUCUUAAAAAACCUUUCAACGAAGUUUUAAAAUAAGCUUCUAUAGCUUAAGUUAUAUGUUAAGGAGCGGAAAAUCUAGUGAACCGUUGCAACGCGCGCAUUCGACGAACGACAUUUUUUUCUUAUUUUAUUAUUGUAUUUUUACGUAGUUUCUAAAUACUAAAUUAUAUUGCUUGUGAAAUAAAACAAAUGCCAAAAAUA